CGCACGCAAGCACGCACGCCGGCGGCCGGCGGGGCGGCAGGCUCGCGCCCGGGCUCGCCCCGCGCCGCGCCAGAGGCUCGCGCACUCAGCAGGUUGGGCUGCGGCGGCGGCAGCUGUGGGAGACGAGGCGCUACGUGAGUGAGAGGUCCCAGACGCGUCUGCCCAGCCGGCUCCGCCACCUCCCGCCUCUCCCCGCCGGCCUCCGCGCCCGGUGCUGAGAAGGGGAAGCCCGAGCCCCCUCGCGCCUGCCGCCGACACCGCCCUCCUGCCCUUCCUAGUCGCGGGCCUCGCGCGCUGCGAGGGAACUCUGCGGGGAGGCGGCGGCGACGGCUGCUGUCGGCCGAGGAGAGCCCCCCAGCCUCGCUCCGCCGCCGGGCCCUGCACGGCCCGCAAGAGCGCGGCGCCCGCCCUUCCCUGCGCCGCUUUCGUCAGCCGGUCCGGGAGGUCGCUGGGCUGAGGCGGCGGCUGCGGCGGCGGCAGCUCCUCCGGUUCCAUCAUGUCCGCGGGCGGAGACUUCGGGAAUCCGCUGAGGAAAUUCAAGCUGGUGUUCCUGGGGGAGCAGAGCGUUGGAAAGACAUCAUUGAUCACAAGAUUCAUGUAUGACAGUUUUGACAACACCUAUCAGGCAACAAUUGGUAUUGACUUUUUAUCAAAAACAAUGUACUUGGAGGAUCGAACAAUCAGGUUGCAGCUGUGGGAUACUGCGGGUCAGGAACGUUUCCGUAGCCUCAUUCCCAGUUACAUCCGUGAUUCUGCUGCAGCCGUAGUAGUUUACGAUAUCACAAAUGUUAACUCAUUCCAGCAAACUACAAAAUGGAUUGAUGAUGUAAGAACAGAAAGAGGAAGUGAUGUUAUCAUCAUGCUAGUAGGAAAUAAAACAGAUCUUGCUGACAAGAGGCAAGUGUCAAUUGAGGAGGGAGAAAGGAAAGCCAAAGAGCUAAAUGUUAUGUUUAUUGAAACUAGUGCAAAAGCAGGAUACAACGUAAAACAGCUUUUCCGACGUGUUGCAGCUGCUUUGCCUGGAAUGGAAAGCACACAGGACAGAAGCAGAGAAGACAUGAUUGACAUAAAACUGGAGAAGCCUCAGGAGCAACCAGUCAGCGAAGGAGGCUGCUCCUGCUAAUCCUCUGUGGCAUCCUCAGCCUUCUCCGGAAGCUCACUGCUUUGGCUCCCUUAACUCUCAUUGACUGCAGUGUGAAUAUUGGCUUGAAACCCUUUCCCUUUGGUAAUAACGUAUUGCAAUUCAUCAUUGCUGCCUGUCUCGUGGAGAUGAUCUAUUAGCUUCACAAGCACAAAAAAGUCAGUGUCUUCAUUAUUUAUAUUUUAUGAAAAGCCAAAAAUUCCAGCUUAUUCCAGUGGUAACUUUAAAAAUAAGAUACAUUUUCUUAACAUUUUUUUUCUUUAUAAUGUUAUGAUAAUGUACUUCAAAAUGAUAGAAAUCUCGACAGUGUGUGGCUUGGUUAAGGAGCAAUUUUUUUUGCAGCAGCACUUGCCUACCUCCUUAUCUCUCCUGAUUUUUCUCACCUCUCCCUUAACCUCUCCCUGUUUGUUCCCUACAUCCCUCAAAACAAACAAGAGGAGGCAAAGCAGCAGUCAGAUCAGGCCUAUUGGAAUUUUCAUUAAAUUUUAGUGAUACCACUUGUUCUAGGCCUAGAGCCAAAAUGUCCAAAAUUAUUUUUGAGCACUGAUAUAAAUUAUUUAGAACUGAUUUGAGAUCAAAACUCAGCUAUCAUGGUAGGCAGUGCUUGAAUAAGAAAAGGGUCUGGUGCAUCUUCAAAAUGAGCCCUAGUGAACAGAUUGAGUGCUUACAAGUGAAUGAACAUAAAGUGUGUUUCUGACCAAAAGAAAUGACCUUUUCACAUGUGCUUUAUUAGACUCUGGGAGAAAAUAGCAAACAGGUAUCUCAACGUGUUUUUAAUGAUUAAUUCUCUAGUGAACUAUUUCUCCCAAGAUUUAAAAAUUGUUGUUUUUAAAAAGAUACCUUUUGUUUUUAAGGAAAAAAAUAGAAAACAAAAAACCUUAAGCAAUAGAUUUCUCUUAUUUCCCCACACACCUUAUUUUUUAAAAAUUGCUAUGCAGGGAAGGCAUUGUAGAAAUCACAUUCCUUUCAGAAAACCAGUGGAAGAAUUCAAAUUUUGCACCUUGAUCAAAACUAUCAUAACCUAUUGAAAAAGCUUACCAACAAAAGAACCCUCAGUGGAAUAGCAAAUGCAUUGCUCAGGACAUUUGAGGUCAAAUUGAAAACGGGAACAGUUUUCUUAGAAGCCCCUAGCGGCAGAUCUGGAAUAAUAUACAUAGGAGAGGGAAAAGAGAAAAAAGAAAUAAAACUCAAUAUUAUGCAGAUUUAUGCCUUAUUUUUUAGCAUUUUUUAAAUGUUGGGUCUUUCAGGCUAAUUUUGCUUUUUUUUUAAGAUAUGUAUAGUUUGGUUAAUUAACUAGUGAUUUAGUUUUAUAUUUAAGCUAUAAUUAAUCUUUUCUUUGGUGAUAUUUAUUUCUCACCCCCCCUUUUUUUUUUAACUGCAAUUUUUAGAUGUUUUGUUCGAUCUACCUAGCGCUUCAUCACCAUGGCAAUAUGUAUUUCCCUUAAAACACUGCAAACAAAUAUACUAGGAGUGCACCCUUUUAUCUUUACUAGUUAUUGUGAGAUUGCUGUGUAAGUUAAUAAACACAUUUGUAAAUACAUUGUUUGCAGGGAUAAAAUUUCUGAGUUGCAGCUCAGGAAAAGCCUGCUGAAUUUAUGUUGUAAGCAUUACUUAACACAGUAUAAAGAUGAAAAGACAAAAAUAUCUUCAUCCUUUCUCAUCCCUUCACUGCAACAAAAUCCUUAACUGGGAGAACCUUAUUCCCCCCACUUUGCUCUUCCUCCUCCACUACCCACUUCUUGUCACCUUGUAAUAUUCAGAGAGCACUUGGAUUAUGGAUCUGAAUAGGAAAAUGCUUUCAGAUAAUCAUUAGUCUACAUACCAGUAACUUAUAUUCUAAGAUGGGAUGGAGUUGUAAAGUGCUUUUAUAAUACAAUAUUAUUGUUAAAGACAAGGAUUGACUUUUUGUUUUAUUUUGACAUGGCAUGUCCUGAAAUAAAUAUCAAUUCAAUAUGGCA